AUGUAUGACGAACACCAUCUGCAGAGGGCGAUAUCAGGCACUGGUCUGAUAAUACCAACGCCUGAGGUAUGCCAGGUCAGCGACCUAGACUUCUACGAACGAUGCUACCCGCCCGAUUACAAAAUGCCCAAGCAACACAUACACAUGCAACAGCUAAAGUUCGAGCAGAUGAUGGACAAACUGGAGAAGAGCUCGGGCCAGACGGUGGUGACCCUCAACGAGGCCAAGCUGCUGCUCGAGAGGAACGACGACCUCGUCAUCGCGGUCUACGACUACUGGCUCAAUAAGCGGCUUAAUACGCAACACCCGCUGAUCCUGUCGGUAAAAACAGAGAACAGGCCGGGCCAGUCGUCCAACAACCCCUACUUGGCAUUCAGGCGGCGAACGGAGAAGAUGCAGACCAGGAAGAACAGGAAAAACGACGAGAGCUCGUACGAGAAGAUGUUGAAACUGCGACGAGAUUUGGCGAGAGCGUUGAGCCUGUUGGAGUUGGUCUCACGUCGGGAGAACGCCAAGCGAGAGCUCGUCAGGUUGACUGCAUUGAUCGCAGAGCGACGGUACCAUGCCGGGGACUUCGCCAACCAACUGCUGCCUGAACCACCGCCAAGGACAACCUACAGCGCAGUGCCAAUAUCAUCAUCAUCGUUCCGUCGCGAGCCGUACCCGCUGCCUCACUACCCGCCACGCCCGCCUCCAACACCCGUCGACCAGCCGCGACAGCGAGAAAAGCGACCGUACAAGAGACGGAAACACAGGCAUCCUGUCGUCGGCUCCGUGCAGGGGCUGAGAGACUCUGGCGUGUACACGUCUUCGGAGGAGGAGAGCAGCGCCCGCGCCGAGACCUCCACUCCGCCCGACGAUGGACCGUUUACCUUCAGACGGAAACCCGGCUGUUAUUAUGAAAUGCCGACGUCUACGUUGUACGGAGACCCGUUGGACCCGGAAGAUACCUCCGCCGACGCUUUGUGCGAACACGAGGUCGAUGAGAGGCAUAGGUAUGUGGAACUCGAGACAAAAGCGCAUCGUACGCCAAAGGAAAUGACUCGAGAUUACCAUACGAGCGGGAAAUACCCCUGGAGACACGCGUUCCGACGACAUCUAGCCAGGAACCCAGAACUCUGGACAAAGCCGGAUCCAGACAAUCCAGACGACGGACUCGCAGACAGAAAUACCCUACCAGACGUUAUACAAGACAGUGUUAAAAGUGAUAUUAGAUUUAGUGCAAGGACUAUAGAUGAAGUUGUUCAGGAUAAUCUGCAGAGAGUUAUGAGGAAGCGAUCGUACAGCGGCUGCUCGGAUAGUAGCUACGACUCCGAUGAACCUCUACAACCAGUUGAGAAGGAGUUCGAACAGUUUAUCAAUGAAGUUAAUAAGAAAUGGUUACAUUUCCGACCGAAAACACCGCCGCCCUCGCCACCCCGCCAAGAAAAGCCUGACCCCGAUCAGUUCCCGAUCGCCCUAGACACCCCCAUCUCUGUAGAACUCAGGGCCGCUGAGAAGCCCCCGACCGAAGGCCUAGACUCGUUCACUACUUCGGAGUUCACUCUUGGAGAAUUGUACCCGGAUAUUACCCCGGAUAUAGAUAAUAGUGCCGGUAGCUUGGACAUCAGCGGUGAUGAUCUGCUUACUGAGAAUUUUACGGAGACGGACCUCAAGGCAUUAGCCGAGGAGGACGACAAGAAGAUAGCCAUAACGGACGAUAUCUUGGAUGAGCUGGUGAACAACGUGGACGCUAAGGAUUCUUUUUUAUUGCACGGCCAGAGUUCGGACGGGCGUGCCGACUCUGGCCCGAGGAAGAGAAAGGCGGACGCGUUUGGUUCGACCGUCGUGAACGUAACGAACGCGGAUAAAGAAAUAAUUUACGUGGACAUGGUCAAAAACGAACCGCCGCCGCCAGUCAAGAUCGAAACGCCCAAACCAAUCAAAGAGGAGAAGGUGGCAGAACUACCAGCGCCAGUACCAACUUCUAACAUCAUUGUUGAAGAAGUUAACGAGAUACCACACAUCAAAAUCGAGAAGAAACGCAAAGAGGACACCAUUGAGGAGGUCCAGUUACCUCACGGAGUCCAACUAAAGACUGUUCAGACGAAGCACUCGCCGUUAAAGAAGCAUAUUAUUACCUCCACCGGGCAUCGAAGAGCGAGCGAUGUUGCUAUUGUCACCUCUGUGGCUACUGAACCACAAGCUCCUGCGCAGCCUCAAAUCGUCCGCUUACAAAACCACCUCCUGUCUGCUCAAUCGGGAGUGCUCGUACAGAACGGACCGUUCUCUCCCGUCGUCGCCGUGCCCGUGCAAUCUAGGGAUAACACAGGUACAGUGAGCGCAGCCAGCGCCAGUGCCAGCAGCACGAGCGCGUCCACCGCCAGCGCCGCGGGCGCCGGGCGCCGCCUGUCCGCGCCGCUCGUGCAGCUCGCCGGCGGCGCCAUACACAAGCACGUGCACGUGCACGCGCCGCACGCGCCGCUCGUCGUGGCGCAGUCGCAUCUACAGCACGUGCCGCCCAGCAAGCUCAAGGUCCUGCACGCGCACCCGCUCACGCAGAGCCAGCGCACCGCGCUCCUCGCGCAGAACCGCGCGCUCGGCGGCCUGCCCACCGUCGUCUCGCUCGCCGCGCUCGACGGCAAGGCGCCCGCCGCGCUGCUCAAGGCCGCGCCCGGCUCCGUCGCGCAGCUGUUCGAGAUCAAGGCCGGCCAGCUCGGCAAGGGCCCGCACCUCGUCAACGUGGUGCGCCAGCCCGCGCCGCGCGCGCCGCCCGACGACAAGCGCCGCGUCAACCUCAGCCUCGACGGCCGCCAGCUCGUGCGCGCCGCGCUGCCCGGCGGCGUGCGCCACCAGAUACAGCUCAAGUCGCGCGCGCUCGGGCCCGUCGCGCCGCGCGCGCUCGUCGCCAACCUGCUGCACAAGGCCGUGCCGCUGCCGCGCGCCGCGCACAAGAUUGCGCUGGGCGGCGCCGCGCAGCCGCUGUCGGCCAACGUGUCGGCCAUCGCCUUCGCGGCGCCCGCGCAGCUCAAGCGCCGCCUGGGCGCCCCACGCGCGCCCGCGGCGCCCGGCGCCCCGCCCGCCGAGCCGGCGCCGUCCACGUCGGGCGCGGCGGCGGCGCCGGCGGCCGAGGACGCGGCGCCCACCAACGGGUCCGUGCGGCGCCGGGCGGGGGACACGGUCCCGAUGGAGGUCACGUGACCCGCGCCGCGCCUCAUGCGUGUCAACUUGUACAAGGCUGUGAAAUAGUUAAUACGAGGGCGUCUGUACGACAUCGCUUCGUAGAUACACCGGCCCUCGCUAGUUUUUUUUAGCAAAAGAGACAUUCGUUAGUUUUGUUUUGUUCGUUUAAUGUGUAAUGUGCGCGUGGAGACGGAAUAGAAAUGUUUAAACAUGUGUAAAAUAAUAACCGCAUUACUGUGUAUCAUAUAGUUUUAUGUGUAUUAUAAAUAAUGAAAAUAUUUACUUAAUAACUCGGUGAGGCGUGGUCGCGUGUCCCGCACUCGACAGAUCGUAUAGUUUAGUAUUAUUUUGUGUUUGUACCAUUAAUUUAUUAUUAGACCUUGUAUAUAGAGACAGUUCCGUUUGAUAUCACCCUUAUGUUGUUAGUGAUAAGGUCGGUAGUCGACCGGCGACGUCUCCGGCCGUGUUUCAGGAUAUACUUGUAACCGCACUCGCUUGUAUGCAACACUGCCGACACAGAAUACUGAAUCAAUAUUGAAAUGUCUGGCAACCCUACAAAAUUGUUUGGUGGCAACACUGGAGCGAGCCACCGAGCGCAGUGUUGCUAUAGUAAUGUUAAAUACUUAAGUAUCUGCUUUCGAUGGAAGGUAAUGAAUGUAAAAAUUAUUUCGUGUCAUUAUUGUGUCUCGGUGGGCGCCAACUGAGACUUGUAUUGUACCGAGUCGCCCUUGCAAGGACGCCUUUCUAUAGCUCUUAUAUUAACCAAAAUGCACUCUGGUAAGAAUAGAGACGAUACUAAAGAGAUUAUAACAUUGAAUUAAUACGCCAUGGCUACAGUAAUGAAACUUAAAUAUUAAUUAUGUUUUUCGGCUUACCCACGUAACUGUUCGGACUAGUUUCAAGCCAUGCUAGAGGCUCCUGUUCAUGAGCAGUAUUUCGCGACAUUACGCGGCGACUGUCGCGCUGCUACUGAAGAAUAUGAGCCUCUAACAUGACUUGAAACUAGUCGAGUUCCUCGUUAUACAGUUACGUGAGUAAGCCGAAAUGCAUAAUAAUUAAUUUAGUACGUCUCACGAAACUUAUAAACAACUUGUUGCACACAUAAUAUAUUAAUUCAGAAUGAAAAUCUCUACUGAGAAUAUCUCUAUUCGAUCUAAAGUCCAUCUUAGCGAUUGUAAAAUUAUUCGAUCAGGACUCUGAAGUUAGUCACAAAGCAAUAACUCUCUUGUACCUAACUUCACAGUAUACAAGUACUGAUUAAAAUAAAAAAAUAAAAACAAUGGCUUUCGUGUGUUUUGUAGGAGUAAGGAACACAAUUCUUAACCAAAAUCUUACACAUAUUAAAGUUUAAUAGUCGCUUUCACCAACCGCCCCCUAAACCAUCUCUUAACUAAGUGUUACUUAGCGUGACGAAGCACCUAAACUAAGCGCUUAAUUUUAUGUUUAGGUGGCACUUAUUGGUUAGCGAUAACCAAAAUAUUGUUAGUGUCCAUCCCAUUUUUGCUUAUGGAUUAUUAAAAAUUGGAGCAACUGGUGAAAUGACUGUCUAUAUGUUUGAACAGACAUCCCGCAGUAUCUACUGUACGGAUUCGGAUGAAAUUGAGCGCAGAGAUAGAUUGUAGCGUAGGCCACCUAGGCUCUCUAUUUCUCAACUAUUGGACGGUUCCUUAGUUCGGUCGCUCAUUUCAAUUGUCCUGGUGGAUACUUGCUGGUCGAUGUCGUUCUAUAACAACGCAGACUAAGUCUCAGGCAUGUGUUAGUAUCUUAUAAGUAUUUUAAAAUGCACUAAAGUCAGCAAUAACGAGAUAC